AGCACUGAACUCAUAAUCAACUUUACCCUAAAACUUACCUAAAAACAUACUGUCUCAUUCUCAUGUCCAUUUGGGAGCAUAUUUGUGCAUGUAAAUAGGAUGACUCGUGUGCAUCAAGGAGGUCAUUAUUCAACACAUCUAAAAAGGCCUGAAACACACGCAGCAUUCAUAUGAUUGCAUCAAGUUGUUGAAAACAUACGGGUCAGUAUUAAUAACUAAUGAGACCUAUAAUGGUUUUCAACAUCAUGCAUAAUAUUGGAAGUGCUAUUUUAAUUUAUUUUCAUUAAGUGCAAUUUAGAACUGGAGAAAAUUGAAAGUGAGAUUGUUGGAAAUUGUCUGCGAUGCUGUAUACUCUGCGAAAAGCAAUGUUUCAUCUGAUGAAUUUUCGCUUAUUGGAGAUGAGGGAAGUGACUUUUAUUGCCCUGAUGUUAUGCCAUCUAUUCCUCCAAGGUCAUCAAGCGAAGUUCUUGUCUAAACCAUCUGAGAAAGUUCAAGCCACAGUUGGCGAAGAUGUCACUUUUAACUGGACGUUCACUUUAGGAAACCACGAGUCACUAAUUAUGAUGACAUUGUACUACAGCAAGUCCGUACAAUUUGAAAGUACUAAAGAGAUUAUAGCGUACAGAACGAACAAAGGUGGUCUCCAUGUCACCGACAGUUCAGCAAGAAUGGUCACUGAAACAGAUGCUGGUGUAUUGACAUUACACAGCGUCACAGUUGCAAAUAGCGGAUUUUACAAAUGCGAAGUGUCGAUUGAGGGUCAAGCCCGUCCCAUCUGGCGCAAAACAGAAUUAUUAGUUGGAACUGCUCCUGUGAUUCAUUCCAUUCCUGAACCUCAGAUUACCAUAUUUGACGGUGAUCACGUGAACAUCUCAUGUGAAGCAAGUGGCAUCCCGGUCCCCAGUGUAUCAUGGUAUAGACGUACAGAUAGCUGGAGUAAGAUCAGUGGAAGCAUGAUACAGAUAAAAAAUGCGAAUCUCUCGGAUUCUGGCACGUACGAGUGUCGCGCGAAGAACGAAUUUAAUGAGACAAGGAAAAAAGUCAACAUUGUGGUCAAUGAGAGACCAAGGAUAAGAUCGUUCUUUCAUACUGCAGCUUUGGAUAACACUGUGUACGAAUGUGAUGCAGUAUCUUUCGUAUGCGAGACCAGUAGAUCAAGUAUUCCUGUGAAGAAUUUUUACAUCUACCACGGGAGAAAUCUUCUUUAUCGUAAUAUUGAUAGAACUAAUAGCGAAAGCCGAGGAUUGUUCACGAUCGCUGAGAUUAAGAGGAAACAUGAAGGAACGUAUUAUUGCGUUGUUCAAAAUGAAUACGGGUUCGGGCAUAAUAGAACGAUCAGCUUAACUGUGUAUGAUGGUCCUGAGAACUGUCCAAUGAAAAGAGAAAUACUUACCGAAAAGAGAAAUACGACCAGACGUAUUAAAACACAACGUGAAAAUCCAUCUCCUACAACCACUGGCCUCAAUGUAAAUGGUCGUGUUAGCUUUUGGAUCGCUACAGAAAUUAAACAAGAAAUUUACUAA